UGGUUACUUCUCCGCAGCUGAUAAGAGUGACAAGGAGGGGGCUAGGUGUCACCAAGUCGAUGACUGCAGUUGGGUUCCGUGCGGAGAUGAGGAGCUGGAGAUGAAUCCCAAGCCGCAGGUGCGCCACGAGCCCGUUGAAAGUCUUAACGGUCAGUGCGAGAAACUAAAAGUUGAGACCGAUGAGAUAAGGCGAACCCAAGCGGGACCCGCGGCUUUCUGUAUAGCGGCCGAUCAUCGAUCCACCGCUGCUGCCAAUCGUCGUGCUCAGAACAGCCGUUGGGCACUCUGCGUGGAUCGGAUUUUGAUGUCUCAGAUCAGAAAGUGCAUGACACAGUACUCUAAUUCUUUCCCAGGCAUUGCCUCCAGACUUAUCUUUUUAGGUCACACUGAUCGUCGCCACGAGGGGGCGGGCUAUGCAUGGCUUGCGUGCUUCCGAGCGGAAACCUUAUCGGAUUCGAUUUUGUUGGCUAUGUGCACACGGCAAUGGCAUUUGAAAAUGAUUUACGCUGAGAAUCCAUACAAUACAGCCAGAGCAGGUCUAUGCUCGGCCAGACAGAAGCAGAUCAAACAAGCACCGGGUAAUAUAUCACAUCACGUCACUCUCCUCCGUUGAACUCUAGUCAUCGAACGUGUAGCGCAGCCACUCGCCCACCGCCCGCAAGCUCUCCCACCGCACCGACUCGUCCU